CAACAGUAACGGUUACGUUUGCACAGGGUUAGCACUGACGGACGUCAGUUCUGUAAACUCUGUUGAGAAAUAAAGAAGGAAGCCCAAAGAAAUGAUGUUUCGUGUACGAGUAGCUGAUUCUUUACGGAAUGUUUGCGGACUUUGCUUACGCCAUAUGCACUCGUCGAGCGUGGAGGGUGAUCUCAGACCUCGAAGAUCCUUGCUUUACAUUCCUGGUAACGAUGAAAGAAAGAUCGCGAAGGCUUUUGGAUUGAAUGCGGACAUAGUUGUUCUUGAUUGCGAGGAUGGUGUUGCUCUCAAUCGUAAGGCUGAAGCAAGAAAAGUUAUCUCAAAUGCUUUGGAAAAAUCAUCGUUUGGUUCCAGUGAGGUUGCUGUGCGGAUUAAUUCUGUUGAUGCCAAGAAACUGGCAACUGAGGACAUGCAAGUUCUUUUAGGUGGAACAAAGAUACCAAGUACCAUACUUGUUCCCAAAGUUGAACAUGUUCAUCAGUUGGAAUGGGUCAAUGAAAGAAUCUCACAUGUAGCUAAAUUACAAAAUUCAAACAGAAAGAUCUCACUCAUAAUUUUUAUCGAAUCUGCCCUUGGAUUACUAAAUCUUCGAGAUAUUGUUAUGGCAGGAGUUGAUCAGUCAAAUGUCUUUAAUCUCGAAGCAGUUGUGUUUGGUUCAGAUGAUUUCUUUGCCAAUAUAGGUGCAACAAGAACUCGUGAUGCCAAAGAAUUGAUGUUUGCUCGUCAGGCAAUUGUUGUUCAUUGCAAAGCCUAUGGUCUUCAGGCUAUUGACAUGGUUCAUAUUAACUACAAAGAUUUAGAUGGACUUGAGGAAGAGGCAGCAGAAGGUGCUAGAAUGGGAUUUACCGGUAAACAAAUUAUUCAUCCUAACCAAAUAAAUGUAGUGAAUGCUGCUUUCUCACCUACGUCGGAAAAGAUUGAAUGGGCAAGAAGUUUGGUAACGAAAUUUGAAGAGGAAUCGAAGAAAGGAAUCGGUGCAAUAACUUUUCGUGAUCAAAUGAUAGACAUGCCGCUCGUAAAGCAGGCUUACAAUAUUCUCUCAGUGGUCAGAAUUGAAAACUCGAGUUGACUCAGGAUUUUUAAUCUAGAGAAUGAGGAGUGAUGAAGGAUUUAUGCGACAAAGAAAAAUCCCGAUUCUACUUUAAUUAAAUGAAAAUGGAUUUAACGCAUCAUUCUCCAAGGUUGGGCAAAAGAUGGAUGUCAGUAUGCAAAUACUAAAGACUAAAAUUUUUAUAAUUCGUGUCUACAAUAAAGCGGACAAUGUCUUUUGAACUUUUAUGACCAAAUAACCGAAGUAAUGCACAAAGCAGUAUGAAGGCUCUUACGAGAAAUGUCUAAGCGAAUGCAUUUGUCUUACAUGUUGUAUCCAAUGACCUGUGAUGUCACGAAUACCGAUUUCAUAAACUUCAAUCUUCACGGUGGGACUGUAGUACCUGGUGCUCAACUUUACAGUUUUUAUUGUAAUGACAUUUAUUAUGCCGAGCCAUUGUCAUAGUCUAAAUUGAAGCCAUGCAUUUUCAAACGUUAAGUUAGAAAAUUUUAAUUCGAUCUGAAUAAGAAAAAUGAUAUAAAUAAAUUUAAUAGACUAUAAACUUAUGGUAAUGAUGUAACUGAUUGCAUAAAUAAGAAUUGUUUAAGUGUGUUUCAAUUGAGCACGAACAUAAAA